GUGAGUGUUAUUUAAAAAGAAAAGGAAAUUUCUCUUUAAUUUUAAUGGUGAUUAUGCUUAAUUAAAACUUACUCUUCAGGAUAAGUAUGAUAAAUUUGUAAAUAUGUUUAAAACUUGCUAUAAUAAUAUUGUUUUUGGAUUUCAAAGUAAAGAUGUAAAGAAUUUAUUUAUAAUUAAAUAAUGAAUAUAUAUUCCCGAUUUUUGAGUAGAUAUUACUUUGGGACCGUAAAGAUCUUUAAAUUGCCUGAUUUGGGUGAAAGUAAAAGUUAUAAUGAUUUUAGAGAUUAAGGAAGCCACAAUAAAAAAAUGGCAUGUAAAAAUAGGAGAUCAUGUAAAUGAAGUACGUCAUUUUUUUGAUAAUAGUUUGAUCCUGUUGCGGAUGUUUCAACUGAUAAGAUGUUCACUCAGAUUCCAAGUAACUAUACAGGAAAGAUUCACAAACUGUUCCAUUAAGAAGAUGAAACCUGUUUAGUGGGGGGAGAUUUCUUAGAAAUAGAAAUAGAAUCAGAUAAUCAAUAAACAGCAUCUACAUAGAGUCAUGAUCAUACUGUGAAAUAAGAAGACAUAAAACAGUAAGAAAUCAAAUAAACAAUCCAAACUCACAGCACAGCUUCUGUAAGAUUAGAUGAUUUAUCUUUAGAAUCACAAAUUAGCAACACCUGCAGUACGCCAUUUGGCAAAGUAAAAGGGAAUAGAUUUAAGUAAAAUUUAAGGCAGUGGUUAGGAUGGCAGAAUUUUAAAGUCAGAUCUUGAAAAAAAAGAACAAGUACCAUCUUAAAAAGAAUAAUCAUAAUCAUCAACUAAAAUUACCACCAAAAGUGAAUCAACAUCAACUGUCAUCAAAAUGUCUGAUUUUUAAAAGGGAAUGCAAAAAUCAAUGACUGAAGCUAAUUCUAUACCACAUUUAUAUCUUAAGGAGGAAGUUGAUCUCACUGAACUUGCAUAAAUGAGAGAAUAGUUGAAAAAAGAAAAGAACAUCACUUUUAUGACUUUACUUAUCAAGUCUUUUUCUUUAGCUUUGACCAAAUAUCCCAUAUUGAAUUCCACAUAUGAUCCUACUAAACAAUUCGAAUACACUUAACAUUUAUCACAUAAUGUAUCUAUAGCCUUAGACUCUCCUAAAGGUUUAGUGGUUCCCAAUAUCAAAGAUGUAUAGAAUCUAUCAAUUAGUUAAAUUCAAGAUGAAUUGAAUAGGUAAUUCAAAUCUUUAUUAGUUUCUAGACUACGAACUUUAGGAGAAAAAGGAUAAUUGAGUUAUAAUGAAUUAUCUGGAGGAACAAUAUGUUUGAGCAAUAUUGGCACUAUUGGUGGUACAUACACUGGUCCUCUUAUUCUCGCUCCAUAAGUUUGCAUUGUUGGAAUAGGUAGGUUGAUGACUGUGCCCAGAUAUGAUGCUAAAAUGACGAUUGUACCAAGAAAAAUUGUAAUUUUCUAUCUCUCAUUUUAGAUGAACUUAAGCUUUGGUUGUGAUCAUAGAGUUAUUGAUGGUGCUACUGUUGCAAGGUUUAAUAAUGUCUGGAAAACAUAUUUAGAAAAUCCAACAUCUAUGUUCAUUCAUCUUAAGUGAUUAUUAAGUUAAGGGUAAA